UCUAGGCGGCCCCAAGUUUACUUCGGGUAGGGGUGGAGGCGAAUUCUCGAUUUGUGGAAAGGAUGGCAAAGUCCGGGCCGGGGCAGGAUCCAGACAUGACAGCAGCAGCCACAAUGCUCAAGCGGGCAACGGAACUGGACUCGGAGUCUAAGUUCCAGCAGGCGCUGGUGUGCUACCAGGAGGGGCUCGACCUGCUCUUGCGGGUUAUGAAAGGUAUUAAAGAUAAUAAUAAGAAAUGUAAUCUCAAAGCAAAGUUUUCUCACUACAUGGAUAGAGCAGAAAAUAUAAAGAAAUACUUGGACCAAGAAAAAGAAGAUGGGAAAUAUCACAAGCAAAUUAAAAUAGAAGAGAAUGCAACAGGUUUCAGUUAUGAGUCACUUUUAAAAGAAUACCUUAAUGAGACAAUUACAGAAGUGUGGAUAGAAGAUCCUUAUAUUAGACAAACUCAUCAGCUCUAUAACUUCCUUCGAUUUUGUGAGAUGCUUAUUAAGAGUUGCAAAGUAAAAACUAUUCACCUUCUUACCUCUCUGGAUGCAGUAAGUAUCUAA